AUUAACUAAAUGUUUUUGCUCUCAUUUGCUUGCUUUUUUUUAAUGCCAAAUGAAAAUAAUUAACAAAUACUUUUAAUUAAUGAUUCUUAACCAUCAUUUUUAUUUCAGUUUCCUUCAGAAAUAGAGAGAAGGCUUUUGAUGUCUGCAUUAUUCAAUACUGUACCUCUUUCAAAGGAUAUAUCUUUUUCAUAUAUCAGUCAACGUACUGCAGGAUUUGUUUUAGGAGACAUGAUUGCCCUUCUUGAAAAAACAUUAAUGAUUGCAUAUGAUAGAAUAAAAAAUAUGGUAGAGAAUUGCAGUUUAACUUGGUAUGAAGAAAUUGAUAUUAGCUUUUCUGGAAUUUACAUACUUCAAAAAGAUAUUUUAUCUGGUUUAGAGGAACUUCAAACUUCUCAUUCUUAUUCUGUUGGAGUACCUAAGAUUCCAAAUGUAUAUUGGGAAGAUAUUGGUGGACUUGCUGAUGUCAAACAAGAAAUUUUAGAUACAAUUCAAUUACCAUUAUUACACCCUGAAUUAUUUGCUGCUGGAUUACGUAGAUCUGGUGUACUUUUAUAUGGACCUCCUGGUACAGGAAAAACACUCCUUGCUAAAGCAGUUGCUACAGAAUGUUCCUUAAAUUUUUUAAGAGAGAAUUGCAGUUUAACUUGGUAUGAAGAAAUUGAUAUUAGCUUUUCUGGAAUUUACAUACUUCAAAAAGAUAUUUUAUCUGGUUUAGAGGAACUUCAAACUUCUCAUUCUUAUUCUGUUGGAGUACCUAAGAUUCCAAAUGUAUAUUGGGAAGAUAUUGGUGGACUUGCUGAUGUCAAACAAGAAAUUUUAGAUACAAUUCAAUUACCAUUAUUACACCCUGAAUUAUUUGCUGCUGGAUUACGUAGAUCUGGUGUACUUUUAUAUGGACCUCCUGGUACAGGAAAAACACUCCUUGCUAAAGCAGUUGCUACAGAAUGUUCCUUAAAUUUUUUAAGGUAA